AUGCUUCUACUAUUGUCGAGGCAACCGGAUAGACGGAUUGCUAUUGUAUCCGAUAGACAUGCGUUAAUAUUUAAAUCAGUCGGUCACAACAAAUCAACUAAUGCUCCUCUUUGUGCUAUCGAUCUUGUUGAGAAGGGACAACUAAAAGAUCAAGGGUUUAAGAAACUAACACAUAAUGAAGUUCAUGGCUUUAUAGGUAUGAUAGAAAUUGAAGGAUAUAUUUUCUUGGGUGCUAUCACUGGGAAAUCUAAGGUUGCCCAACCGAUACCUGGUGAAACUGUGAACAAGAUUUAUGCUGUAGAUUUCUUUUGCUUGAAUGAUUCAAGAUGGGAUUUUGUUGAAAUUGAUAACUCUGGUUAUCCAGUUCUUCCAAAUAGAGAUUCCAGCGACUUGAAAGAGACAUUACCAAGACACCCAUGCUAUGAACUAAGGAAAUUGCUAUCUGAUGGGUCUUUCAACUACAGUUCGAAUUUCGAUUUGACUUCUACACUACAGAAGAGACGCUUUAGUGACCAUUCCCUUAGUGUGGAUAAUUUUGAAGAAGAAUACAUGUGGAAUUAUUUUUUAAUGAAUGAGAUUAUAACUUACAGAGAUAGACUCGAUAUGGAAACCAAGAGGAUCCUUGAUGAUGAGGGUUUUUUAACAACAGUCAUUAGAGGCUUUGCUGAGACGUUUGUGACAUACGUGAAAAAACUUAAGGUAGGUCUUACUGUAAUUUCAAAACAGAGUUGGAAAAGAGCUGGGACAAGAUUCAAUGCUCGUGGUGUUGAUGACGAUGCCAAUGUGGCCAACUUUGUAGAAACCGAGUUCAUUAUGUACUCUAACGAGUAUUGCUAUUCAUUUACAAUAAUUAGAGGUAGCAUACCUGUUUUUUGGGAACAAGAUACAUCCUUGAUAAAUCCUAAAGUUCAAAUUACGAGAUCAAAGGAGGCAACUCAACCUGUAUUUGACAAACACUUUCAUAGGUUAAUUGAAAAGUACGGGCCAGUACAUGUAGUUAAUCUGUUGUCUACAAAAUCGUCCGAAAUAGAGCUUUCACAGAGAUACAAACAACAGAUUGUAGAUUCAAAAUCGUUAAGGUUGAAUGAUGAUGUCUUCUACUCACAUUUUGAUUUUCAUAAAGAAACAUCACAAGAGGGGUUUUCUGCUGUUCGUAGAGUUUUGCCGCUGCUGUCAAACUCCAUUCUAGAAGCUGGUUAUUUUUCUUAUGAUGUUAAGGACAAAAAAGUGCUUUCUGAGCAACAUGGUGUUUUCCGUGUAAAUUGUUUGGAUUGUUUGGACAGGACCAAUUUAGUUCAACAGACUGUAUCGUUGGCCGUCUUUAAGAUAUUCUUAGAAGAUUUUCAAAUCAUUGGACCCAAAAGUUUUAUUGAUGAAGAGGAUUUUGCUAUUAAGCACAACACCUUAUGGGCAGAUCAUGGUGAUCAAAUUUCUCAAAUCUAUACUGGUACUAACGCUUUGAAAUCAUCCUUUUCACGUAAAGGUAAAAUGUCUUUGGCUGGUGUCCUUUCUGAUGCUACCAAAUCAGUUAGUAGAAUGUAUAUCAACAAUUUUAUGGAUAAAGGAAAGCAGCAGAAUAUUGAUUGUUUAUUGGGUAGAUUGGCUGAUCAGAAGAGUGUCGAAUUGUAUGAUCCUUUUAACGAGUAUGUUACAAAUAAAUUGCAUGAAAGAGCGGAGGAAUUUACCAAUAACUCAAAUAUUAAUAUUUUUGUUGGAUCAUUUAACGUCAACGGGACAUCAAAGCGAUCAGAUUUGUCUAAAUGGUUGUUCCCAAUCGGAGAUAAAUUUAAGCCUGACAUUGUAGUAUUAGGCCUACAGGAAGUAAUCGAAUUAACAGCUGGUUCUAUUUUAAAUGCAGAUUAUACUAAAGGAUCAUUUUGGGAGACAAUGGUAAGCGAUUGCUUAAACCAGUAUGAUGAUAAGUACCUCUUACUAAGAGUAGAACAAAUGUCUUCAUUAUUAAUUGUAUUUUUUGUGAAGGCCGACAAGGCACAUUAUGUUAAGCAAGUUGAAGGAGCAUCUAAGAAAACGGGGUUUGGUGGUAUGACUGGUAACAAAGGUGCUGUCUCUAUUAGAUUCGACUACGGUAAUACAUCCUUCUGUUUUGUUAAUGCACAUCUUGCUGCGGGUGCCAAUAACAUUGACGAGAGAAGAAAUGACUUUGAAAGUAUUACAAACGGCACUCAGUUCACGAGGUCCAAGAACAUCUCUCAUCAUGACUCCAUUUUUUGGCUUGGCGAUUUGAACUAUAGAAUCCAAUUGACUAAUGAGGAAGUGAGGAAACUGUUAGUAACACAACCUGAUGGGUAUAUAGAUAAAUUACUGAAGUAUGACCAAUUAACUCAAGAAAUCAAUGCUGGUGUUGUCUUCAAGGAAUUUAAAGAACCUACAUUAAAAUUUAGACCAACUUAUAAGUAUGAUUAUGGGAGCGACAACUAUGAUUCUUCUGAAAAGGCGAGGACACCUUCAUGGACUGAUAGAAUCAUAUAUAAGGGCGAAAACUUGUAUCCAUUGGCAUAUUCUGAUGCACAUCUUCUACUAAGUGACCAUAGGCCUGUGUAUGCAGCAUAUAGGGCGAAAGUGACUUUCAUUGAUGAUGAUAAGAAGCACCGUAUAGUUCAAGCUCUUCAUAAGGAAUACAAGAUUGAGCAUCCAGAAGAGACCUCUUUGACUAACAAUCUUUUAUUGGAUCUUGACAUAGAGUCACGCACUCAAUCUGAACAAACUAAUGGAUCUCAGACCUCAUCGAUCAAUUUUGAAGCGCCUCUCUCACACUCUCUUCAAUCAUCCACAUCAUCGUUUGCAUCUUUAACACCGAGAAAUCGGAACGCACAACAAGAUACAGAAGUAAGAUCAAGUUCAGCAUCCGUGUUGAGUUCUCCAGGAGCAAUUGAUAAAAGUGUUAAACCUAAGUUAUCAGCACCACCUCCACCAGCACCUAGAAUUCAGCCAAAGAAGGAGUUAGAGGUUGAGUCCAAUGGAAGCAGACUCUCUUCUCCGGCUACUCCAAAGCCAACUGUCUUGAGUCCACAAGUGCCCCCUAAACGUAAGGUACUCCCACCCGGGUUUUCUGAUUCCAUUGUAUUAACACCAAAAAAUUCGAGUCAAAGUAGUGUUGAUGUUAAAGCGCUAUCUCCUUCUCCUAAGCCAAAAGUUUCGUCACCUCCAAUUUCUCUGAAAUCUAAUAAUGAAGGAGAAGGCAAGCGCAAGAUUCCACCAGCGAAACCUGAAAAGAAACCAGAACUCGAGAGUUUAACUCUAGACUCAUGGAAGCCUUUGCAACCAAAAUAA